AUGGCUGCUUCCAAUGUCUUCUCAGAUUCCUCUUCCUCUUCCUCUUCUUCCUCUAAACGUAAAUGGAAUCACGACGUGUUCUUGAGUUUUAGAGGCAAAGACACCCGUAAGAACUUCACCGAUCAUCUCUAUACUUCUCUAAUCCAAGCAGGAAUAUCCACAUUUCGAGAUAAUGAUAUUUUUAAAGGAGAAAAUAUAUCCUUGGAGCUUCUUAAAGCAAUUCAUGAAUCAAGAAUUUCUAUACCAGUCUUCUCCAAAGGCUAUGCUUCCUCUCGGUGGUGCCUCGAUGAACUUGCAGAGAUUAUUAAGUGCAAGAAUACAAUUGGCCAGAUUGUAAUUCCUCUAUUCUACAAUGUCGAUCCCUCAGAUGUGCGGAAACAAACUGGUAGUUACGGAGAAGCUUUUGAAAGAUUUGAAGAAUUUAAAGAAGAAAUGGACAAAUUGAAGAAGUGGAGAAAAGCGCUUACUGAGGCAGCAGAGCUAGACGGAUGGGAUCUCCAAAAUGUUGCAAAUGGUUGCUUCUUGCUAGAGGAGGGAGAUUUGGCUUGUGGGGUAGAGGUAAAAGCACCGACCCCUUGUUGUGUGGAAGCCAAAGUUCUAGGGUUUUUGGGUGUAGGCUCAGAAAGUGGAGUAGUAGGUGGGUCCUUGAGUUUUGCGAGAGGUGGAGCAGAUGCCAUGGGUCAGGUUGAUUUAAACCGGAUUCUCCUUUUAUAG